AUGAUGAUCAGAAAUGGAAGAACCAUUGCACCCAACAGCAUUCCUCUGUAUCUGAAUGACACCAAUUUCGAUCUUGCAAUUCUGAAAUCAUUACCAGAGAAAACAGAGUACAAAACUCCAGCUGAAGCACUGAAAAGAUCGAACUUAAAGAUCAACAAUGAAGCAACUGAGAUACCAACAACACCGCCGCCAUAUCAACAACCCAACACCACCACAUUUCCACCGCCGCCGCCGCUCACACAGCACCAAAUCCAAGAACAGCAACUAAACAACAUAGUGGAAGCAUUAAUCGGAGCAGGGGAUUUUGCAGGGUGGGCAAAUUUAUUAUCUUCCACAGAUUUAUCAUCUCUUCCGCUCUCCGCCACUUUUUUCAUCCCAGGCAACGACGCCAUGUCAAAUCAUCAAACACCUGGCGAUCACAAUAUCAACUUAGACCCAUUUCUCAUUGCCUAUCAUAUAAUCCCACAACGCCUCUCUUUCGCCGAUCUCCAACAGUUCAAAUCCAACACUCGCCUUCCAACUCUCUUACCUUCUAAAUUCAUCGUCAUUACAAACAAUUCUUUAACCAAUUUUACUGUCGAUGGCUCUCAAAUCACCUACCCAGAUGUUUACGUAAAUUCUGCUUUUACAGUACAUGGUGUUAAUAAAGUUCUUGAAUAUUCCGUUUACGGUGCUGAUCAUGUGUUCUCUCCUCCAGAGAACAAUACUGUGCCUACUCAAACUGUUGCACCUAUCCCACCAAAGACAAAGACAAAGCCAAAGCCGAAGCCAAAGACAUUAUUAUUUCCUGAAGGAGGUGGAGGUUUUAUUGAUGGUUGGAGGAGUUCUAAUUCAACUAGAGCAUUUCCUAUUGAGAAAUUAAUGUUUGACAUAUCUGUUCUGUUUUUCAUAUUUUUUUGGGUUUGA